CGUUAAAUACAUGAUAAAGAAGAAGAAGGAAUCAAUUAUCUCAACUAUCCUGUACUCUCAUGUUUCUUCCGAAACACAAAUGCACUAAUACAGCUGCGUUGCGCACAAAUAUAGUUGAAACGAGCAGCAUCACUAUGCAGUCACACACUAUUCAGGCUGCUCCGUUUGGUUGCCAUUUAGCAACGGCCGGUGUGUAAACAUAGAUGGCCGCUCUGAACGUCAAAUUUUGUCAAGACAUUCUCGUGACGUUUUCUCGUAUGAUUCACCACAUGCCCGAGGAUACUUACCUUUUGCAUCUUACAUCGAGUACAGUAAUGAUUAGCGCGCUUUGUCUGGGUGUCCGCUGACAUCCGCAUGCUAAUCAACGUCGUCUCGAAAUUGUAGACGAUACUUUUCGUUUGAUCUACUAAGACGUCGGAAUUCCGAUUGAAAAUGGCAGACGAUCCGAAUCGUGACAUCUUACCUGUAAAGGAAGGCUCCUGCGUGGACACGAUUAUCAGUGCUAUAGAUCCUAGAGAACGUCAUCUCGUUUGCAAACUCGAUCGUUAUCAGCUGGAGGAUAAGUAUCUACGUUUACUCGAUGAAGCAAGUAAUUUGAAGAAAUUAUCCAACUGCCAGGAGGACAAGAUCAAGCGGCUCGGAACGAAGCUGAUUAGAUUGGCUGGUAAUCCAAGAUUGUGUGGAUUAACAUUAGAUAUCGCCGAUGAUAAGAAUAGAACUGCUGCUCUCGAGCUUGAAAAUACCAAGCUGAAGGAGAAAAUCGCCGUGAUGAAGAAUCAAUUGUUGAGUCACACAAUGAGCGGCAGGUCGUCGUCGCGCAGCCGUAAUCUCGUUAGACCAUCGUCUUCCGGUAUUGUGACGUGUCGAAGCGAGAAUAACCGUGUGAGAGCGCCAUCCUGUCAGUGCAUCGUCGGGGCAGGGGACGAUGAUAACGACAUACGAAAUUACCUCGUUAAAAUCGAGAAAUUGGAGGCGCAGAAGAAAGACAUGACAUGUCGUAUAAUAGAAUUGGAGAAAGAACUGGCAUAUUUAACCAAUAAUCAAAAAGAGAAAGUAGCGGAAAAUGUAGAGUAUAUACGGGUGUGGCGACAAAUGAAGCAAUUAAACGAUAAAUUAAUGACAACCCAGGAGAAAAAUACUGCAUUGACUACCGAAAUUAAUGACUUGAAGACAACUCUUGUACUAACGACGAAAAAUAAUCAGGAAAUAGUGGCUGUUCUUUCCUCGGAGAGAACACGCAUAGCCGAGAUCGAUGACCAGAUGUUGAAGGCAAAGACUUCACAAUUUAUAUUACGCGAAAAAGACGAACAGAUACGAGAUCUUAUGAACGAAAUUAAAAUAUUGCAACAACACAAUAACGAACUUAUUAUGCUUACGUCAAAAUACGGGCAAUUUGAAGUAGAGAAUAUUGAAUUAAAAAAAAGACUUUGCGACGACACUCAGGAGCAACAGAUUUUGAAGACUGCUUUCAACAUUGAGCAGGUUAAUAUUAUAGCAUUAAAAGCUACCAAUGAGCGAUUGCUCGCGAAACUUCAAGAAUUGCAGGCAAAUAUAGAUGUUUUGACAAUACAAUUAACGUCUUUGCAUACGCAAGAUAAAAAGCAGGACUUUACAAUAACGGUACCAUCGGGUGUGGAACAAUGUAAAAAGUGUUGCGAAAUGUACGAUAAAAUUAUUCAACUGGAAAAAACUGUUGGUAACACUAGAGAAGAUUGGCAAUCGGCAGAUAAAUCAGUACAGACAAUCGUUAUUACUAGCACAAGGGAACAGGAUACAAUGAUAAUUUCAAAUAAUGAAGAUAAGACAUCGUCUCAAUCGCCAUUGAAGGAAUGGAAGAAAAAUCAGGAAGCGAAUGGCACGAGUGUUUUAUCCCGAGAAAAAAUAUUAAAAUUAUUAGAUCAAGCACAAAUUAACACUCCUUUGGAUGCAUCAAGGAUCACUCCUAAGAAAGAAUGCGCGGGCAUUUUGGACGUAGCUCAGAGGCACAGUGGUGGAGAAAUAUCUUCUCAGCGUGAUAUAUCAAGCGCUAUGCAGGAGAAUUUACAGAAAAGAUUCGCAUAUUUGGAAAAUUCAAAUAUAACACUAGGUCAAAUGUUUUUGAUUUUAUUCGAUGUUAUGCAAGAAUUCUUAUCGUUUACUAACGUUGAUGGAAAACUAUGUUUGGAUCAUCAAGUAUCUGCGGUCGAAGAUCCGUUAAUUGACGUUAACAACAAUCUUCCUACAAAAACUAUUCGCGAUAUUAAGCAACGUGAUUUUAAUACAGGAGCCACGAAAGAUUUCGAAUCUGAUCGUUGUACGAGCUGUUCUCUUAAAUCGACUGCCUUUUACUCCAAGAACUGCAAUUUUGCAUGCAAAAAAAAACCUGCAACCAUCUUAGCGAGUUCAUCAAUGAAAAACAUAUUUGAUGCUACUUCCUGUCGUAUGGCUCACAGAAAAUCAUCAUAUCGAGAUAUUAGUAAAGAUGUUUGCGCAGAAAAGAUGGUAAAGAUAAAAAGAUUAAAAUCGCCCCGUUAUCCCAAAUGUAAUUUAACAUGUCAUUUGCGCAAAGCGAAAGAUCCACUGUCCCUACAGGAGAAGCGAAAAUUACCUUGCACAACCGAGUGUUUGAACGACAGUAUAAUGUUACCAAUGUGUCCAAUGGAUCCUUUAUUAAUUACUGACAGGCAAGGUCUCAUUGAGAUUCACAUUUCGCGAUUGCAACUUUCUACAUCGCGCAAUGAAAAGGAUGCGAUAAUUAUAGAAAUAGUGAGUAUACAAUUUUUCGACGACAGUUGCGUGAUGCAGGACGAUCAGAUACAUUUGCUUUACGUAGAAUAUUCUUUCCUCGAGAAACAUGGCGAAGAUAUGGAGACCAUUUCCAUGGAAAAACCAAAAACAAGUGCUCAAGAAAUGGUCUACAAUUAUAAGAAAAAAUUUUGGAUAAAUGAAGUGACACAUCCCAUACAAAGAGAAAAUUUGCGCGCCAUGUUAGCCGAAGACAUAAGUCCAAAUAUCAAUUUUACUGUUAUUAGUGAACCAUUACCCGAGGAAAGGGAAGUUAAAGAUUGCGAGGAAGUAGGUUAUGCAACUUUUAAUAUAAAAAAAUAUGCGCUUGGUGAUGAGUGCAAAUAUAUGUUGUUGCCGAUCAAGGAUAAUCAAAAUAGAGAAAUUGGAACACUGAAGAUCUCUGUGUCUGGUAUGAAUGCUAUUCGACAAUGUUUACCAGAAUUAAGAUAGAUCGAUUGUAUUUGGUACAAAUAGCAAUAUGA